ACAAGACGUGAUGUCUACCGGCGGAGUUUUGUCAUGAAAAUUAUCGUCGUUUUCUCGGAAAAUAGCUAGCCGAUGACCGCGGUCCCCGUGUGGCCAGGUGAUCCAGCGUUUUAGGACUGCAGACGAUCCCGAUUUCGGGCUCAGACUCGCCAUGGAAGGCCUUGGAUUCGUUACCGUUUUGAGCCUUCUGGCUGUUGUAUUCGUCGUACCGUCAGAAUGUCGCGGUGCUAACCAUUGCCUCCCCGAUCCUGAUAAACAUUGUGCAAAAGUUCGCUGUGAGUUCGCCCGUCUUGGGACAGGAGCAUCUCCAGAUUUAGUGCCCGCUAACCCAGUGAAAGAUCCGGGAAUGAGUGUUUGUUAUAAUGGUGCACAGCAGCCACAGAGGCAAUCUUGUUGUACUCACCAAACGGAAAUGAAUUACGUAGAAGCGGCGAAAAGAUCUUUUCGUAAAAACAUUAUUGCAACGAACGCUUACUUGAAAAAGCUAGUGAUGGAUAACUUGGCUUGGCAUCAAGAACAAUUCCUGGCCAUGAUUGAAGGUGCCCAGUACAACACAGACCUGCUGUUGAGUGACAUGUACCACGUUCCCUGGCAGGAGAUGAAUGAUGCUCUUAAGGCCCUUUUCCUGGAUUUACAGCAGUACAUCCUUCAGAGGAACGUGAACAUUAAUCUGUCUGUUUCCAAGUUUUUCGACGAUUUAUUUCCCAUUGCCUUCAGCCAAAUUUUGAACGAUCCAUCGCUUUCUGUUUUCACCGAGGAUUACAAAGACUGCUUAGCUGGUGUCCGUCAGAACUUGUAUCCCCAGCCCUUUGGAGAUUUCCCCCACAAAAUGUCUGUCAGCCUUUCUAAGUCCCUGUCUAAAGCCAGGAUGUUCCUCAAAGGGCUUUCGGUGAUCGUGAAAGCAGUGAAUUUCACCGAUCUCCUGGUAGUAGAUAAAGAGUGCAGCUUUGCUUUGACACGGUUGCAGUUCUGUUCACAUUGCGAAGGAUAUACCAGAGUGAAACCUUGCAAGAAAUUCUGUGUGAAUGUGUUGCGAGGCUGCUUAGCAAAGAUCGAGGAAAUCAGCGAGGAAUGGGAUGACUUGGUGACGGCCUUGCAGGGUGUCAUGGCGCAUAUGAAAGGCCCAUUCAGUAUUCAGGAAGUCACUCAGUUCCUGGACACCAAAGUCUCAGGAGCAAUCAUGCAUGCUAUGGGGAUACAACAUAAAUUUUAUGAAAAGGUUGUAGAGAAAUGUGGCAGGCCAAACCCAAACCAGCAGAAUACAACAGUGUCCGAGGAGGGCUCGUUCACCUUUAACAGAAAGUCCGAGAAAAAGCCAGUUGCUAUUGGCAACCUUCAGGAAAGACUUGCCACUUUUAUGGACACUGUGGGUGCAUCCAAAGGGCUAUACGUGCGCAUGGCAGAUAUGCUUUGCAACAACACACUAUUUUAUGAUCAGAGUCCUACAAGCACUGAAUGCUGGAACGGACAUGACGUCUCAAGUUACGACGAAAAAGUCCCAGAGCCUACGUUUAUCCGUCAAGUUCAACAUAACCCAGAAGUUAAGGUGUCCUUGACUCCUGACCCUAAGCUGUUAGCAUUGAAAGAUGAGCUAUCCCAUGUGAAGAGACUGCUGACCCCACAGGCUGGUGAUGACAUGAUGCAGGCCGAACCAGACAUUGUGAUUGGAGGAAGUGGAGAUCGACCCCGUGACCGUGGUUACGGCUUUGAAGAUGAUGAAGACUUUAUGUACUCUGGCAGUGGAAGUGGGGACGGCAAUUCAAUGGAAGAUAAUAGAUCAACAAGAGGAAAAGGCAUAGAUGGUCAUUACACUGGACAGGGACAUGUGCCAAAACCUAACAAUAACAGUGCUCCCAUCAGCUAUAGAUCGUCUACUACUUUGGCAGUAUCAAUACUUACAACAGUCAUCCUCUUGUGGAAGGGCUGACACAGGCUGUCAGGCUUAGCUUAACAAAUGUAUUGUUUUCUACAUGUAACAGGUGGUAUUGAUGUAAAGUGACAUUCAGGAACAGACCUCUGUGUAUUACUUCUUUGUGUGUGUGUGUUUUUUGUUUUUUUGUUCUAGUUCCACUGACUUAUGAAUUAAUCACUUUCUACAGCUGUAAAAAUAAAAAAUGAGAAUCUGCUGUGAAAGUUUUAGAGUUUUUAAUUUAGCCAAUUUCACCAUUUUCUACAAUGUCAAAAAUGACUUUUAAAAUUUAUCUAUUAAACCUACAUACUUAUAUUUUACAAGGAAUGUAAUGUAAAUUGUACCCUGUACUAGAUUGACAUCUGAAUGAAAUGUGAUUUUAAAAUAUUUCUUUUUAUAAAAUUGCAUUUUUCAUAGCUUUCUAUCUAUUGAGAUAUGCACUGAGGUCUGUUCAUUUUGGUUUUAAAUUUGGCUUGUAUUUUUUUAUACUACGAAAGUUACUAUUGUCCGUAUACAUGAUUCGGGCGGUGGGCAGAGAGCAGGGUAAUGUCCCUUGUUUACCUUAAAUCAUUGUGCGUCCGUGUCAUUUUCUUCACAUGCACAAUCAUGUUUUUUUUUUUUUUCACUUCACAGACCAUUAUGGCUUUUGCCAUUGAUGUCACACUUUGUCACAAACCGUGUAUGAGUUAUGUCCCUUUUGUACUACAUACAUAACUGCUUGUAAUAACACUCUUCCCCAAUGUUAUGAGCUAUUUGCCCUAGUUACCAUUACAUGCAUGUCAGGCAUAUUUUCGUCCUCAUUGUCCGGAGUUACUUAUGUGUAUCACACUUUUGUGUAGAUGUCCUGUAAGAGUAAAUCCCCCUUUUCAUAUUUCUGUAUAAAUUAUCUCCCCCUUGUUAGGAGUUUUAAAUAUGCUAAUAUGUCCGUCGCUGUUUGUACUGAUAUCAGCAUUAUCACUUUCAUCCUUUGCUUCCAUUCCCUGUUUCUGAGAUAUUUUUGAGGUGUAAAUAACUGUAGUUUGACCAUAGAUAUUGUAUUAGCAUUUGAACUAUUUAUUGGAUUUUUUUAGCCACUAUACCUGCAAUAUUUUUUUCCUCUAGGCAAAAUACUACUAUUAUAGAAAAAUACACAAAGUGUGUAAGAUUAAACUUGAGAUAAGUUUUGUGUAACAAACUGGAUCAUUUUCAGAUAUUACUGAUGUGUACGCUUUAAAGGUAUUUAAGUAAUAUAUAUUUUGUCUAACUUAGUGAUUAAGAUUAAGUGAGUGUUGAAGAAGACAACACGUUCAUAUUUAGAAAAGGAAGAGCCUAAAUGUACAUAAAUUCUACGAUAUUUUGAAAGUCUUUUGUUGAUUGGGUAGAGGUAAUUUAAGUAUUGCUACAGAUGAUUUGAUCACCUUAGUUCUUGAACAGUUGCAACAACAUACUCUUCGAAAAACUGUUAAUUUGCCUGUAUGGAUAUGAACAUUUUAUAUCGUCAUUUGAUAUGCCUUAAACCAUAAUCAGGGUUACCUGUAUUCUUUUAAUGUAUGCAGAUAACCUCUGACUUCUGCCAUUGGAUUAACCAUCUCCCAAUCAGGGCAGCUGUUAUUUAUUGAAGUGGUAAAAAUGGCACCAGUUUGUUAACCAUUCACAGUGGAGAUAACACCAAGAACUUCACCCUGUUGUUUAUCAAGAUGUGAGGGAUGUGAGUUUUUUAACAAACUUUUGCCAAAUGUGUAUGACAUGUGAAAUAUCCUGGUUAUUUUCAAUCUACUGAAAAUAUAACAUAAAUGUUUUUUACUAUACCCAACAAUUUUUGUGAAACAUGAAAAAAAGAAAAUGUCCUGCUGCCUGAUAUUAACUUUUUACUUCCUUCGUCUUCCCUGACAUUUUGUUGUCCAAACUGGUUUAGAAUCUUUUAUAUCAUCAACACUAUGGUUUUAUUUAUUAUUUUACCCUUCAUGCUUUAUUGAUUAAUUUUAUUAUUAAUUAAUUCUAGUGUUUAUUGUUAUUUCCUAUCACUGUGAAUAUUGAAAAAUCCAACAGAGGCUUGGAGGUGACACCCGUUGUAUAGUUAAGCAUAACGAAUGUUUUGAAAAAUUUCUCACCUCCAAUUUCUCUGACUCAUAUACAUAUGUGUCUGUAAAUAUAUAUGUAUAUAUCUAUAAUUAUAUAUAUAAUAUAAAUAAUUUCUGUGCUUCAUUAUUGUUCAUGAUGACUAACAUGUGAGUUCUCAUUACAUUGUUGAUGUUUUGAAGAAUUAUCUAUAUGAAUGUACAAUGUAUGUGUAACGGUUCCAAAGUGAACUGUAAUUACACAAGGUGUCACUGUACCUUUCCCGGAUGUGGUUUAUUACCCGAGAAGUUCUGUUACUACACAGAUAUGUACAUGUUAUUAAUUUUUUUUCACGAGUGUCACAACGAGGUAAUUUUCUUUUAUAUACUCUUGCCAAGGAAAUUGCUUCACUUAGAGUUUUGUUGUUUUUUGGGGGUUUUUUUUUUUUUUGAAAAAGGGAGGCAAUUCUAAAAGUGAACAAAUAUAUUAAUGAAAUGCAGAAUCGAUGCUGACUGCCUCAUUAAAUGUGAUGGUAGUGUACCUGAAGUUGUUAACAUACAGUAUCUUCCUUGAAGCCAACAGUUAUGAUUUGAGCUUCAAAAUAUAUUGACAGCAUCAGCGCUUGUCAACAUGAUUGAAGCCAUGGAUAUUAGAGCAUCUCGGAAAUCGAUUGAAGCAUACGAACUUUGAGGAGUGUCAUUUGGCGCCUGUGUGGCAAUCCUGAAGCCCGAUCAUGUCCACCCUGGACAUCUGGACAGAUGUGUGAGGCACUAAUGGCCAAGUUGAGACUUAAUUCAAGUACAAAGCCAGAUGCUAUUUAAAUCAGUGACAUUUACCCCUCUUGUAAGUGUAUGUCACCAGUAUUCAGUGCUAUAAAUAUCCAAAUUGAAAUCCAGUAGAGGAAUUAGAUGUUAGCCACCUAACAAUACACUUGUAAUGAGCUUAUUUCACUUCUUCAGUAAUUCACAAAGAUCCUUGUAUCAGAAAUGCAAGUACUGCAUUUCACCUGAAGUUGAGCAUUUUUUCAACUGCCACAUUUUGCUUGAUUCAGAUUGAUUUGUCCACCAUUUUUUUUUCGACUUCAGAGUUUUUGUGUUAGGUUUGAUUAAUUUCUUAUCAGAGAAACUUACAAAGUUGGAAUUAAUGGCAUCAUUUUAAGGCCUUUAUUAAGAUCUAAAAGUGCAUUUUUACAGGCCAAACUUGAGGCAAAAUACUGUAUUUAUUAAGCUGGAUUAAGGCCCAA